AUGAAAACCUCAUAUGUUGGGGACAAGUUCCAAAUGUUUUGUUUGAUUAUUUAUUUUAUACCUAAGCACUAUAGUUUUUACCUUUUUAAAUUUGUUUCUUUUACCUGUACUGCUACAGCUUCACAUAAAAAUGAACUUGAGAACCGACAUGAGAUACUUAAACCCCUACGAAAUCCACAAAUUAUUAAUCAACCAAUACGUAUUAAAACACCCAGGAAGCAGCAAGUUAUUACAAAGGGACAAAUCGAAAGACCGAACCGAUUACCAUGUCCUAAAAGACAACCACAAGUUCCUCUGGGACGACAAAGCACCUGAAACAUGGGAGGAACAAUUCGCUAAAAAGUAUUACGAGAAAUUGUUUAAAGAAUAUUGCAUUGCAGACUUGAGUCGAUAUAAAGAAAACAAAGUGGCACUACGAUGGAGGAUAGAAAAAGAAGUUGUAAGUGGUAAGGGGCAGUUUAUAUGUGGCAAUAGGACUUGUCAAGAAGAGGAUGAAUUGAGAAGCUGGGAGGUUAAUUUUGCGUACUUGGAACAAGGACAGAAAAAGAAUGCUUUAGUAAAAAUUAGGCUGUGCCCUUCGUGCUCUAAAAAACUCAAUUAUCACAGCAAGAAACGAGAAGUAAAACGACUACAGAAGAAGGCGAAAUACAAAGAUAAAAUUGGGGAAACAACAAGUACAGUGGUAAAAGUUGUGGAAGCUAAAGACAGCGAAAGCAUCUCCAAAGAAGAUGAGGAUUCUUCAGUGAGAGAUUCAUCAAGUCAAAUUGAAGAAUCUACUAGUCAGACUGCAGAAACACCAUGGGAAGAACAUAAACCGAUGGAAACUAAGUCUAGAGAGGAAGAAAUGGAAGAUUAUCUUCUAGAUUUGUUAAUUUGAACCAAUAUUGGUUUAAAAUAUGUAUUUAUAAGUGGGAAGUUGACUUUAAUAUUCAGAUUUAUGCGGAACAGAGAGUAUUAAUGAUGGGAAUUGGAAAUUUAUCACUGUAGAAAUUUGCAUUGAAGAUUUAAGUACUUCAAUGAUAAUUGAGGACAAAUAAAGUAAAGUGGAAAGUUGAUGGUUUCAUUGGUUUUAGUACCUAGUUUUUUCAUGGUUAUUUUCCUUAGGUAUAUUGCAUUUUUAAGUAACUUUUGUAUUUUUUCAAAGUAGGUAUGCUUGGGAGUUACCAUCAUGAACUAAAAGUGCUAAAAUUACUCCCAAAUGACAAAUAUUGAUACA